AUGCAUUACCAACCAGUGGAGAAUGUGGGAGAUGAAUCCCACAUCGUCCAAGGUCCUGUGCCACCACCCGCCACGGUAAACGACGCUUUUGACGAUGUUUUCGGUGCUGAUGAGGAGGAGCAUCACCACAUCACAACCCACUCAGACAUUCAUCGUGUGCAGGCGGAGCACUCCACAGCCGGCUACCGCGAGGGUGUCAACGUUGGAAAGCAAGAUACGCUGCAGCAGGGAUUCGACCAAGGUUACACCAUCGGCGCAGCGAUCGGACUCCAGGCCGGUCAAAUUUUGGGCACCUUGGAGGGCAUCGUCGAGGCGGUCCAGGGUGAAGACCUGACCCGGAUGGAGACACUACUGCAAGAAGCGAGGCAGGACCUGAGCGUGGAGAAGCUCUUCAGCAGUGAAUUUUGGAAGAGCGACGGACUGCCGGGUUAUGAGAUGCCCGACGAGCAGAAGCAGGCCAAGGACGGGGCUGCAUGUCAUCCCCUGGUGAAGAAAUGGAUCGACAUUGCGCACGAGCAGACCCGGGCAUGGGGCAUCAAUGUGUCCCUCCUCGAUGAGAGUGCAGAAGACUUGGCGUCGGCCAAGAAGGCUGGCGGCGAGGUGCAGGAUCUAUCGGGCGAGGCCAAAGUGGAGGACUUGCUGGACUGGUGA